UAUCUAUAUAUUUUUGUCAUAAAAAAAUCAGCAUUGUUGAUAAGUAUCUUUCAUAUAAACUGAGUUUUAGUAUUGUGGACAUAAAGAUAUUAAAUUAUCUAUUUGUUCAAUACUGUCAUAUUGAUAUUGUAGUGUAAACAAGUGUUAUCAGACAUAGCUAUGUAUAUUAAGAAAUUUAAAGAGUGUUGACAAGAAUGUGCAAAAUUACAUUUUCAAGUAAUACAGUGUGCCGUACAGCAAUAUCAUAGUUAAAGUUUUUGUAUGCGUAGAGUUAAUAACUCAUAUUUUCUUUUAAAAAACGUUAACAAGACUAAAGAUUUCUCUGAAAAAUGCAUGGAAUUAUUGAACUAAUUCUGAACAGUGCUUUAUUGUGGAUAUUUUCACAAACUAUCUGGAGUACCUUAAUAAGUGUCUUUUACAAUUUUUGCAUACCAUGGAUUGUUUGGGGUUCUUUUAUUAUCGCAGUUGGAUUAAAAAUAGCAAGGAUUCCACCACCAAAUUUGAGCAUUGUGCAAGAAGUGCUUGGUGUAAAUCCCCUUUCAUUGAAAAAAGAUAAUACUAUGUUCAAAGAUCAUGGUAAUGGAGAACAAUAUUGCAUGCGAGUGGUGGCUCAUCGUGGUGGAGGAUAUGAUUUCCCUGAGAACAGCUUAACAGCCUUUCGUAAUAGCAAAGAAAAAGGAUGUACAGCAAUUGAGCUUGAUUUAUGUCUUACAAAAGAUAAUGUGCCUAUAGUAUUUCAUGAUCCAACAAUUGAUAGAGUUACUGGAAAAACUGGUAUGAUUAAAGACAUGACCUGGGAUCAAUUAAAACAAUUAGAUAUUUCCCAUAAUCAUCCACUUAAAGAUAAAUUUAUUGAAGGUGAAAAAAUUCCAUUGCUUCAUGAAGCUCUAGAAAUAUGUUUAUCAAAUGAACAAAGAAUAAUUAUUGAUAUAAAAGAAACCAAAAUGGAAAUAGUGCAAGUAAUUUUAGAUACAUAUAAAAAGUAUCCAAAAUUAUUUCAAAGAGCAGUUAUAUCCAGUUUUAAUCCUAUUAUUGUAUAUAUGAUUAGAAGAAAGGAACCUCGAAUUGUGGCAGGUCUUGCAUGGAGACCACAUUUUUUUUCAAGAUUGUCAUAUUCAGCUCUAGAUGUUCUAGGUCCAGUGAAAUAUAGCAAUCCACUUAAACAUAUAGUAGCGUGCUUGUUUGAUCAUAUUUAUGAAUGGGUGUUCCAUCAUUUUGCAUAUUACAUUGUGGGUGUAUCUACUGUAUUAUUGCACAAAGAUAUAAUAAAUCCGCGUAUUAUAAAAGAAUGGUAUAAUCGUGAUAUUCGUGUAAUGGCAUGGACAGUAAAUCUACCAUCAGAGAAAUUACAUUUUUCCCGAUUAAAAGUUACUUAUUUAACGGAUACAUUGUUAGUUGAAAAAGAUAUGUAAUAAUAUAUUACAUAUUCUAUAUGUUCUAAAUGAACAUAUUUUAUAUUAUUGACAUAUAAAUUACUACAUUAAAUGAUGAUCUAGUC